GGCAGUUUGGUGGUUCUGUUAAACAUUUAAGUGGACUAAUUCUAAAAAGUGUAGAUUUAAAUUUCAAUGAAAUCACCAUUUUCGGCCCCUAAUAAUUUUUGUCCAAUCUCUUAUUUACAUCUUCAUUAAUCCUUUUUAAAUUUUUUCAGUACUUUGAUCAUUGAUGUGAACUGAAGUCUUUCUGAAGGUCGAUUCUCUUUCUUGAAGGAAAUCUCCUGAAGCUCCAACAUUUAUAGCAAAUCUAACCAAACCACAGCAGAGUGAAAAUGAAUUACAUUACUCUGAAUGAAGACAAAAGGUGGCCAAAGUCACUGCUCAGUGAGUCCUUUCAGAAAAAAGGAGGCACAAAACUUUGUGAAUUGUUGUUAAAUUGAGCCGCAGCACCGUUUCUUCUCACUUUGUGUUUUCAGAUUUCAGGUCUGAGCGUCAUAAAGCAACGACGUUUCAAUGGGAACACUUUAAAAUGUUCCCGUGACCCUUCCUUUUUACUCUAACAAAUAUUCCAAAAGGCUCUUUGUGAUUCGUGAAGAGGUCAGGUUUGUCACACUGCGGAGCGCUUUACUUCAUUGUCGACGCACCGAAACUUAAUUUCAUGUCAGAACAAUAAAUAUGAACAAACCAAUUAAUUUUUUCGUGUGCAUGUUCCAGAGGUAAUUUUCAGAGAAGAAUGAUAUUCGUCAAGGAACAGCCUUCAACAUUUUAAACAAAUCUAUUGAAAAAGAAACCCACUUUCUUAGCUUCUUUUCACGUAUGUUCAGAAACAUGAAACGAAAAAACUAUACUUCAAGUGUUAAUUUCCAGCAUUAAAUUCCCUUUUGCUAUUUGAAUUGGCACAUAAAAUAAAAGUGUUUGUCGCUCCCUACCACAGGCACCAUACGUUGCCUGUCUUUAUUUGACAAAACGGCAAAAAUGAGACACAAAGUGACAAAAUGAGACACGAAACGACAAGAACAAGACAGAAAACAACAAAACUGAGACACAAAAUGAGAAAAACGAGACAGAAGACGACAAAAACGAGACAGAAAAUGAGAACAGACAAAAUGAGAAAAACGAGACAGAAGACGACAAAAACGAGACAGAAAAUGAGAGAACAGAGAAAAAAUGAGAAUAACGAGACAGAAGACGACAAAAACAAGACAGAAAAUGAAAAAACGAGAGAAAACAACAAAAAAGAGACACAAAAUGACAAAAUGAGACACGAAACGACAAAACCAAGACACAGAAUCACAAAAAUGUGACACAAAAUGACAAAAAUGAGACAAAAAAACAGACACAAAAUGACAAAAAUGAGACAGAAAGCGACAAAACCGAGACACAAAAUGACAAAAACGAGACGCGAAAUGACAAAACCGAUACACAAAAUGACAAAAGUGAGACAGAAAAUGACAAAACCGAGACACAAAGUGACAAAAUCUAGACACGAAACGACAAAGCCAAGACACAAAAUCACAAAAAUGUGACACAAAAUGACAAAAGCCAGACACAAAAUGACAAAAACGAGACAAAAAGCGACAAAACCGGGGCUCAAAAUGCCAAAACCAAGACACAAACUGACAAAACCGAUACACAAAACAACAAAAACUAGACAGAAAAUGACAAAACCGAGACACAAAGUGACAAAAUCUAUACAUGAAAUAAGAAAAACGAGACAGAAAACGACAAAACCGAGACACGACAUGACAACACGAGACAACAAAGUGACGAAACGAGACACAAAACUGGCAAAAAUGAGACACAAAACGGCAAAAACGAGACAAAAAAAACCCCCCAAAACCGAUACACAAAACGUGGAGCGGGUCAUGUGAUCUGGAAUUAACACACUUCCUUGAGAGGUGUUUUUGUAACUUAGUGGAAAGUGAUUUAAUUUGUUGUUUUCCAUAUGAAAUUUAAUAUAUUGUCAAAAAAGAAAUAUCUGUCAUGAUUAUGUUAACGUAAUACACAUAAAACAUAAAAGUGUUUGUUGCACCCUACCACUGCCUUUAUUUGAGUCCCUCUUUGCCGCACCGUUGCUUCGAACACAUCGAGCCCCUACAAUAGGUCCACUGUUGACCAAAAAGGAUGCUGGCGGGAGAGUAAAUCCACUCAGAUCCCUGUGGUUUAUCAUCCCUCCUCGUGUCCGUUGGACUUGCCGCUAUGCCUCCGGCCCAGCGUGGGCCACACUCAGCCAGGCAUGGUGCUAUUGGACCGGCCAUGGAAGCCCUCUGGACUCUGACCCUGGAGGAGAUUGGAUCCUCGGUAGCGGAGGAACUGAGCGGUGGCUGCCUCCGUGGCACCCCGGUACGAGUCCAUACAGUGGAAUAAUGAGUUAGUUGUAGAGGCGCAAGACUCCGGGAUAAAUCAGGACUCCAUACAGGAUGAAAAGGAUCAUCCUCUUUAAUUUAUUUUACUUUUUAAUGUAGAAGACUUCACAGCCGUGUUCUUGAACUGCCCCCAUUAAGUGAAAAGAAUAACUCUAUAGGAUGAUUAUUUGUGAACAAGUAAAGUGAAAAGGCUAAAACCAACAUUGAAUAUAUCCUAGUAGAAGUAGCCUGACUCCUGAACUCCAGUGUUCAAAAACACACAAAUGAUCCACCCUGGCUGACAUGUGUCUUCAUAUCACUGCAGUUUAUUUUCACUUCCUGCCUUUCUGCCCUAAAUGCUCACAAAUGCAUUACUUGUGGCUCCAAAUAGUGCCCAGCAAAUGCAGCUUUUGUGUGACACAAAAUCACAAAAACAAGACAGAAAACGACAAAACCGAGACACAAAACACCAAAAAUGAGACAGAAAGCGACAAAAUCGAGACACAAAAUGACAGAAACGAGACACAAAAUGACAGAACAGAGACACAAACUCAUAAAACCGAGACACAAAAUGACAAACUAAGACAGAAAACGACGAAACUGAUACACAAAACAGCAAAAAUGAGACAGAAAGGAAAACACAAAAUGACAAAACGAGACACAAAACGACAAAACCCAGACACAAAAUCACAAAACUGAGACACAAAAUCACAAAACCGAGACACAAAAUGAAAAAAUGAGACACAAAAUGACAAAACCGAGACACAAAAUCACAAAACCGAGACAGAAAAUGACAAAAUGAGACAGAAAAUGACAAAACUGAUACACAAAACAACAAAAAUGAGACAGAAAGCAAAACACAAAACGACAAAACGAGACACAAAAUGACAGAACCGAGACACAAAAUGACCACACUGAGACACAAAAUGACAUAAACGAGACAGAAAACGACAAAAUGAGACACAAAAUGACGAGACACAAAACGACAAAAACAAGACAUAACGACAAAAUUGAGACAUAAAGUGACAAAACAAGACACAGAAUGACAAAACGAGGCACAAAAUGACAACACCGAGACAGAAAACAAAACGCAAAAUGACAAAACUGAAACAGAAAAUGACAAAAUUGAGACACAAAGGGACAAAACGAGACACAAAACGACAAAAAUGACACAAAAUCACAAAAAGGAGAUAGAAAAUGACAAAACCGAGAUGCAAAAUGAGACACAAAAUGACAAAAAUGAGACACAAAGUGACAAAAACAAGACACAAAACGACAAAACGAGACACAAAAUGACAAAGAGACAGAAAACGACAAAACCUAUACACGGUAUGAGUAUAUUCUGUCCUAAAUACUCACAAAUGCACUGCUUGUGGCUGCAUAUAGUCCCCGUCAGAUGCACCUUUUAUUUCUGUUACUAACAAACUACAAAGAACACUACAGUUCAAAAGUUUAGGGUCACUUAGAAAUGUCCUUAUUUUUGAAAGAAAAGCAAUUUUUUCAAUGAAGAUAACAUAAAAUGAAUGAUAAAUCCAGUGUAGACAUUGUUAAUGUGGUAAAUGACUAUUGUAGCUGGAAAUGUUUCAUGGAAUAUCUCCAUAGAGGUACAGAGGAACAUUUCCAGCAACCAUCACUCCUGUGUUCUAAUGCUACAUUGUGUUAGCUAAUGGUGUUGAAAGGCUCAUUGAUGAUUAGAAAACCCUUGUGCAGUUAUGUUAGCACUUUUGAACAGUCGUGUACAUAUCAUAUAUAAUAUACAGUCUCUCUAUUUUAAAGCUAGCUGCUGCUAACUGAACUGUUUCUACCAUUUUGAGCAAGUAGAGAAGGCUAAAAUAAAAUGUAAGUCUAGGGGCAAAAAGUAAAAGCCCUUCUUCUUCUAAAAGAACCCUGAUAAAGUCUGUUAUCCCAUUAUAUUGUUCAUACAGUCCCUCGCUUACAAAAGGCUGAGCUGUUGUUGGUUUUUAAGAGGAUUGCUUGACAAGUAGCGAUGAAAUAAAAGUUCUAUCCUUUUAAUUUCCCAAAUCAACAAUUCCAAAGUUAAAUCCUUGUAGGAAGAGUAACUGGACCCUUUUUUGUCAGCAUCUUCAGCUUUUUGAAAGACUCUCUACUCUGUUUAAAGAAUAAAUAAAGCUACUGUACAUUUGGCAGCUAAAAGGUGUCCCUAUACUUUUUGAGCGGGUAUACUGCCGACUCUUUUGAAGGUGUUUGUCUACGGAGUGUCAGAGCUGUCAAACGAUGUUGUCACAUAAACAUGUCACGGCGAGAUCCAAUAUCUAGCCCCCGUCCAGCCGCUGACAGAACAACGCCUCCUCUGUUAAAUCCUCUCCUUGCCUGCACAGUGUGACUCUUCAUAAACAAACAAACAGAGACAAAAGACAGCCCAAUUCUUACAUGUGGAGAUGCGACUCUUUGAAAGCCAAAAAAGUGAAGGAAGCGCUUCCAGUAACAAGCGGCUACUGUCUUAACUAGCCAUAGCUUUUGAAUUGCAUUAGAAUACAUGAGGACUCCUAGACAGCGAGGUGCUCUCCCCUGGUUCCUAAUGUAUGACUAUUUCAUAUGGACAGGAGAGGGGGUGAGGGGAGAGCUGUCUGUGGGGGUGAUUGACACAGGCCCACAUUAGGAGCAGCUUUUGGAAAUAGGUCCGUGGAGACUUGGCGGAUUGGGUCUGCUGAAGGAACGGUGUCUCCGCGAGGAGCCGUGCCUUCUUAACCCCACUCAUUGGUAUGCCGAUGUGCGGGUAGCGAGCCGUGCUCCGAACGGCACAGCCUUCCAGACUGCUGCCGCCCCCCCUCCCCGUCCAACACACCGCCACGCAGACACAAUCCCACUGAGGACCCGUGACGAUAUGCAGCGUGGAAUACUGAAUCAAAAUAGACCCCAAUUAAUAAUCACAUAGUUAGUUCAGUUUUAGGCGCCCGGCAUGUGUGUGUGUGUGUGUGCAGAAGAGCUCAUCCCUCCAGAAGUUUCAGCAGGGAAAGUUUGAUGUCUCACACACACGCACGCACGCACGCACGCACACACACACACACACACCCAAAAACGAGACAGAAAAUGACAAAACCAAGACACAAAACAACAAAAGCGAGAAUGAAAACAACACAACAGAUACACAAAAUGACAAAACCGAGACACAAAACAACAAAAGCGAGAAUGAAAACAACACAACAGAUACACAAAACGACAAAACCGAGACUCAAAACAACAAAAGCGAGAAUGAAAACGACAAAACAGAUACACGAAACGAAAAAACUGAUACACAAAACGACAAAAAACAAGACACAAAAUGACAAAAACAAGACAGAAAACGACAAAAACAGUAGCGAUCCUUCCAGAAGUUUCAGCGGGGGAAAGUUUGAUAUGUCUCACACACACACACACACACACACACACACACACACACACACACACACACACACACACACACACACACACAGACACACACACAAGGCGUCAAACAUGUCAAGUUUCAACUUGGUGCAAAUAAGAAGGCACAGGCCCUGGAGUCUGUCCCUCCCGUCCCUCCCACAUGUGACAAAACACAGGCACAAUAAAAUGUUUAAAUUUGGUUUCAGAUCUCACUUGUGGUCUCCAGAAUGAGAGGAAUAACAUGUCAGCAUCGAGACAUACUCUGCUGUCAGGUCAACACAGUUCAAGCUAAUUUCACACUCAUCAAGUAUCUUCACAGAAAGGAGACAUUCAUCAUUCAGCAACACUACUGCUGCUCCCCCCCACCCUCCACUUUGGGACGCAUGCGCAGUAGGGAGCGUACUGGUCAGUCUGAGAAGCAGCUGUUCAGGGCUGGUGAAAUUCCAACAUGGCAGUGGCCGUGGUCAGUGUUUCCUGCGUUAACUUGGGAUGGUUUCAGCUCGCAGGCACCCCGGCUUAACCCCAGCAGCCGCGUUUCCUCAGCAGCACCCCUCCCCGGGACCGAUGCGACCCUAAACCCCCCCCCCCCCGACGUGAGAGGUCGACCUGUCGCUAAGAAGAAGAAGAAGAAGAGAAAAGAGCACACAGCAGGCUUAAAGAUGCAGUGGACCCCAGAGCACAGCCAGUGGGCCGAACAGCAUUUCGACAUCUCCUCCACCACGCGGUCGCCGGCCCACAAGGCUGAGGCCUACCGGGCGGUACCUGGCCACCUGCAGCGCUCAGCCACGUACCAAUACGCCUGGGCCAAUGACGACAUCUCCGCCCUCACCGCCUCCAACCUGCUUAAAAAGUACGCUGAGAAGUACUCUGGUAUCCUGGAGAUGCCGGGCUCUUAUUCUGAAGCGCCUGGCGUGAUGAACGGACGGAAAGGCGAAUCAGAGCCCUGGCAGGAUGGCGUCUACCCCAUGAGCUGCAUCCCAGAGGGGGUUUCCAUCAGAAAGGGAGGCGUGGCGGCGGCUUCAGAGGUGGUGUCUGGCAUGUGCAGCUCCCCAGGCCUGGCCUCCAGCACCCUGAGCGAGCCCAGCUACUCCAGCAGCAGCUGUGGGAGCCACACGGCCACGGCGCUCCACUCCUCCUCCAUGGCCUCUCAGGAAUACGGCCCGGCGUACAGCAGCUCCUACCUGCACAGCAGUUACAGCUCCCAGUCUGCCCCCACCCCGGCACUUCCAUCCCCACUGCACAGCUCUGGGCUUCUGCAGCCGCCCCCUCCUCCGCCCUCCCACCCCACUUUAGUUCCCGCUUACAACGGAGGCUCCCCGAACUUGUCUAGUUAUAAUUACCCCCCAGCAGGCUACCCCGCUCAGAGCUCAGUCGGGCCAGGCUACAGCCCUGGGGGAGCACCCCCUCCCUCCUCAUACCUGCCCUCAGGCAUUGCUGCACCUACACCCCUUCCUCCCUCUUCUGCUUUACCUGGAUACCCGUACCAGAGCCACAACCUCACCCCAAUUGCCCCCACCCCUCUCAACAGUAGCUCCUCCAACUCUCUGAAGAGGAAAGCUUUCUACAUGACAGGCCAAGGAGAGAUAGACUCCUCUUAUGGUAACUUUGGCUACAGCCAGGCCCGGAGCUCCGCUGAGAGCCCCAUGUACAGGGUAGCAGACAGCAGCAGCGCAAACGGAGGCUCCAACAGCACUGCUGGAUUUGACAGGAGCACUGAGAAGUCCUCUUUACCUUUUAAUCCUCAGAAACAGUCCACGAUGCCAUCAGAGCAGCAGCAGCAGAGGAAGUACAGCAGCCAGGCAACAGGUGGGCCGCUGACUCCACCCGGCUACGUCUCCUCCACUCUGGUGGGUUCCCGCUCAGCGGACUCUCUGGCCAGCUUCACCUCCCCUUCCCUCAGUGAGCAAGGUGCUGAUGAUCACCGUCUCCACCUGUCCCACUCAGCACCAGGGCCUACCUCCUCCUCAUCCACUUCCUCCUCCCGGCCUGCUGAAGAGCAGCUAAAAACCAGUGACCCUCACCUCCUGGACAUGGUUACCUCUGAAAUCGUUCAGCAGGGCCCACCGGUGGAUUGGAGUGACAUUGCAGGUCUAGAACUAGCCAAGGCUACCUUGAAGGAGGAGGUCCUGUGGCCCAUUCUGCGUCCAGAUAUGUUUAGCAGUUUAGGACCUGCCUCACGUUGCGUGUUGCUGUUUGGCCCCAGGGGCAGUGGCAGGACGUUGCUGGGCCGCUGCCUGGCCAGUCAGCUUGGUGCACCGUUCCUGCAGCUCAGUGGUUCCACUUUGGCCACCAAGUGGGUGGCAGAUGGAGAAAAAAUCAUCCGAGCAUCAUUCCUGGUGGCGCGCUGCCGGCAGCCCUCAGUACUGUUUAUUAGUGAGGUGGACAUGCUCCUGUCGGCCCACCUCAGUGAGGAGAGCCCCAUCAACCGGCUAAAGGGGGAGCUACUGGCUCAGCUGGACUCGCUUCUUAUGGGCUCAGGGGAGGAUGGAGGCAACCAAGUGUUGGUGGUUUGCUCGACAAGCAGACCCCAGGACAUGGACGAAGGGCUGCGCAGGUACUUUGCUCGGAGGGUCCUGGUGCCCCUACCGGACAGCGCAGCCCGACACCAGAUCAUGAACCAGCUCCUGGUCCAGUCUCAGCACAAAUACUGCUUGAGUGAGGAAGAGCUGGCGCUGCUGGUCCAGCGUACGGAGGGUUUCUCUGGACUGGAUCUGGCCAGACUGUGCCAGGAGGCCCUCGUAGGUCUGUUACACGUCUCUGCACAGGGCAUGGACAUGACGGGUAUGAUGCCUAGGGGACAGAUCAGGCCCCUCACCUACCAGGACAUUGAGAGUGUCUUUUGUAAAUUCCAAGCCAGUAUAUCGCAGAAAGAGAUUGACACGUACACCGAGUGGAACAAAAUGUUCGGCUGCAGUCAGUGAAAAGAUAGAUUCCGCCCUUGAGAAAAAGAGGCUUCCACAAUUCCUCCCCUCAGGGCAGAAGCAUUGUGCUGGAGGGAAAGGCACAGAGAAGGCCAACACAAGCCCACUGAGUUCUCACAAGCAGGGUUUAGAUGCACCAAGAGACCUGAUUUGAUGAGACAACGGUCAAUUUUGCAGUUAAUGAGCAAGAGUUUUAAUUUGAAUGCUUGACGCUCCAGAAACGCCAGGCAUUGUUUACACAUUGCAAGCAAGUUGACUUCAGAAGAGACGCCCCAGUGUCUGUGUAUAUAUUGUUACGUUGUUGUUCUUGAGAUUUAGUUGGCUAUCCAAGUGCCUGAAGUGGUGCUUUCUGAUUUUCGUUGUUGAUUUGCCUCACAAUCUACAUUCAUGGCAUGAGCUGACGAUUAUGAAGAGCUUUAAAACUUCAGCGGUGAGACUGAAAAACACUGAUUGAUGGUCGCCGUUGGUGGCGGUCGGUUGUCCUUUAUUGUCUUGCUAGGAGCAGUAAUCUGUGGGGUGGCAGUAGUCUGGGCCCUGACUCACUCAUCUCUUCUGAUCUUGUGUCUGCAAAACAAACAAACGUAACAAACAAACAAACAACACUCAGGAAAGCGUUUGUGAAUUGUACAGUACCUCAAGAUAUCUUGAUGAAAAGCACUAAGAUCUGAUAGGAGAAUCUGGCAGUGUUAGGUGUACCUCAAGUGGCUAAGAUUAAUAGCAAAGAGGUGACAAUGAAUGUACUAGAUGUGUUCUGGAUUGAUGGAACAUAAUCUACAGUGAGAGUAAAACCAUAAUGUCUUUUUUCUUUCUUUUUUUUCCCUCACAGCAGGUGCUUUAGCUGCCUGUUUCUACUUGACCAAUUCUGAAACUUAUUUCCAUUUGCUCUUCAAAACUGUAAAACCACGUUGCCCAGCUUUGUUGUUUGGGGGGUUUCAGAGAGGUGGGAGUUGUACAUUUAUUAAAACAACCAUAAUCAACAUUGUUUAUAUUACACAAUCUAGGCUAUAUGUUCAGGCUGCAUGGACGCUCCAUCAGUUAUCAGCUAACUUCUGCGCAAAAUAUCAGCUUUGUCUUACUGUUAGCGAGGUAUUCUCUGAAGUGGAUGAACUUAACUGAACUUAAGGGAAUGUUCUGCAUAUUUGGGAAUACACUUAAGGGUUUUCUUACUUAGAGAUACGUGACAAGAUUGAGCUAGUGAGUAAAAAAGUUAGCUUAGCGUAGCAUAACAACUGUGGCUCUGUGACAGUAGCAAAACCUGUACAAAAAUUUUUAAUCCAUAAGAAAACAGAAGCUUAAAAAUGACAACGUGUGACGUUAUAAGCUAUUAUGCGCUGCUAAGCUAACGGUUGUCGCAUUGCAUUAAACAGACAGACAUGAGAGUGGAAUCUUUUCAUCUAACUGUCAGGAAGAAAACAAAUAGCUACGUUUGUCAAAAUGUCAAAGUAUUCCUUUAAAAUCACAGGGCAGUUUACUGUGUUUUUUUCUGUGGGUCUUGAAUUAAUGUUUGGUUUGAUGUUAUUUGAUCAACUUUACUGAAAUCUGUUCAUCAGUUAGCAUCACAGAGGCUAACGUUGGAUAUCUGCCUAGUCACAAGUCCAACUGAAAUCACAUGUCGGGAUCCUUUUUCUGCAGUUAAAUGUACUGUUAAUAGUUGUGCAUAAAUUUUUAAAAGAAAAAAUAGCCUUUGGAAAAGGAAAUGUGGCACAAUAAUUGAAAUCUACAGGCACAAAUAGACAAAGGAUAUUAAAAUAUACACGUAAAUGUGUGUUUGGGGUGUUUUCUUUCCAUUUGUCUGAAAGGAAACUUGGAAGCAAAAUAUCCCAAAGUAGUGUCUCACCUUAAGGCUAAAGGUUUAGAUUCAUCCACAAGCUAACCCCGAUAGCUGCACACAACAGUGAUGGACGUAAUUUUUAAAAAAAGGUAUAAAAAAGGUAAAAUAUUUUGCCUGUCAAUCAUAAAUUUAACUAAAUUUAACAGAUUAAAACUAGACAGACAAGAAUGUAAUGUAAAAAAUGGACUAAAUCAAAUGUUAGAUUUACAUGUAAAGAACAAAGCAGUGAUUUCAGUUGAACUUUAAAUGAACAGGUAGGACAUUAUAGAAAACGUUAAUGCAGAUUUUCCUGGUCCUCCUGGUGAUUACCUCUGAAGUGGAUCGGCUGUAGAAUCCACUCCUGUUUAUUUAAAUUAGACGUUCUCGUUGGUCCUGGAAAUCUCAUCUGUGUGAAAAGUAGAAAAUCAAGCGGAGGUCGCGGGUCAUCUUAGAAUAGCAGCUCUGAUUGACCGACUCGGUAAUGCAAUUAGUGUUAUUAUUUUUAUGGCUGUGGUGUGGUCCAACCAGUGGAUGCACACAGCACAGAGUUAGCAAAGAGGGCACAUCAUGGCGGACGCAAUCAGAAAAGUGAUUCUAGUCAAAGAUGUUUCAUCCAUUAUGACCACAACAGAACCCAGAAUCCAGAAUCAAACCCAUGCCAGUCUUGUUUUUUGAUUGUGUUUACACAGACGGCGUGAAGCACAUCCUCUGACUGCAUCUGGGUUUGGACUUUGUAACCUGAGUGGGGAAUUUCAGCACUAGUCUUGAAGUCCUUCAUGGCUGAAGGUUAUCUGUUGCCCAUUGUAUUCUAUUAGAAUGUAUUUUUGUCUCCUCCUUGUCGCCGUGGUGAAGCAGUCCUUUAGCUCUGCUGUCGUGGCAUGGGAGCGCUUACGAUCCUUUAUUGCACGUGCACUGAAGCAUUUUUGUGUGUAACAUUGUUUUGUUAAAGUGUCUCAAUGCCAUUGGCGGCACUUGUUUAUUUUAGUGUUUUUACCUGAAGGAGAUUUGUCUAAAUGGAUGAUCUGUUUUACUCUUUCGUUGUGCUUCCCUGCUUUUUCAAAACAAGAAACAUGGCUGUGAAAGCAGGAGCUGUGUGUCGCUAUCUCUGAGGCCCCAUCAGUGCAGCACCUGAUGUGGGGGGAAAAAGUUCUGCUGAGCAUCAGCAAAACUGACGGAAAGGAGAGACAGGCAGGCAGGCAGGCAGGCAGGCAGGCAGGCAGGCAGCGUGGCGGCAGCACAAGGGGGAAAGCAGAGUGGUCCGUCAGAAAACCACCCUCAAAACAAUCUGUACCAGAAUUCCUUCUGUCAGCAAAUCCUCUGGAGAGAGAGUCCCUUUGGACAGAAAAAGCUCCUAAUGCACUUCAGAGCACACAACAGCAGCACAGGCGUUCUCUCUUUAUUCCUCCUCUCCUUCUCCACAGCCGUCCAGCUAGAAAUACACCGCUCAAUGCUGCGCUUUGUUUGUUCCCUCUGUUUUGUGGUCCUCUUUUUUGUGUCUUUUUUUCUACAUGGUGUGCAAAUCUAGCUAUUUUUUGUUUUGUUUUGUUUUUUUUUUUAAGGAAAAAAAUUGAAACCCUUUCUUUAAACGGAGUUCUUCUUUAAAGCAUUUCUACCUCAUGGCUACAAAACACACGUGGUAUUUGAUUUUCAUCUUUCCAAAUGUCAGACAUUUGUGGAAAUAAAAUAAAAAAUAUCAGAUUUUUUUUGUGAAAGAAGAAGAGGAGAGAACGACACCGUGAAGUUUUGCGCAGUCUACCUCAGAUGACUGUACUUAAAACAUUUAGCUGAUGGUGCAACCGCAGGCUGCAGCAUAGCCUAGUGUGUGUUUGUGUGUGUGUGUGUGUGUGUGUGUGUCUGUCACCAUGUGUCAGAUCCGAGCUAUUGGCAAAAACACACACACACACAGGAGAUAACACGUCAAAAACACGCUCACAAGCGCUUUGUGAGGAGGGAACAGCUGAGGUCGACCUAAAGGUGACCUGGAAAUGUAUAAUCCAAUACAUUUGCUUUAAUCUUUUGUGAACUACUGUGGUUGUGCGCGUGUGAAUGUGUAUAUACGUGGGCACACUCUUCUUUUUUUUAUUUAGUGUGUUGAAUUUUAUAAAUUGUUAGUAUAUAUAACACACUUGCACAACUUUAAACCAGAGUGUAACGUGUUUCUGUUGUACAUACCUAUACAUACAAUACAAAUGCACCACUUGUUUAUAUGUGUGAAUAUGUUGCCAUACUUGCAGUCAAUGUAUUUUCAUGUAAUCUGAGGUACAAGCAGCAACAAACGAUUCAUUAAAGACAUUUUCUUGAAAGAUUA